AUGGUUGCUCUCAGUUGUUCAUACAGUCGUCCCACUUUUUCCCUUGCCGCUCCUCUGCCUUCCCUCCCUCUCCGUCCUCCUCCCUCCUCCCCACCACCACGGCAGGUGUCAGCACGCCUGCAGCACGACUUGCAGCAAAUGCUUCAUGAGGUGUCAGCACGCCUGCAGCACGACUUGCAGCAAAUGCUGCACGAGGUGGCGGCAGACGUGCGAGCACUGGAGGAGCAGCUAUGGCACCCAACCGCAGCCUGCCACGUGUCCUCCCUCGCCCAGCUCAGGGGCGUGCCACGUGUCGCCUCCUCAGUGGCCCGCGCCAAAGCCAUUCACGGGAAGCUGAGGGCGCUAGAUGCGGCCCUGCACGCUCUGCUGGGUGACAGCUGGCGCAGCGGGAUUGGCAGGGCAGGGAGGGGAGGCCGUAGGAGGGGAAGAGGGGCGGGGGGAGCGGUGGGGAUGGGUGGAGAUGGGGAGGCGGGGGUUGAUUGCGGUGGGGCUGGGCGGGGAGCGGUGACGGAUGGUGGGCUCCGGAGGUCGAUUGCUCGGCUGCUGGAGGAGGCUUUGCAGCAGACAGAUCCUCAGAAGACCGUCAACCAGUGGCUGCAAGAGAAGCUUGCUCCAAUCAGCAACACUGGCAACGCCAACAGCAUCAGCAUGAGUGCGGAGGAGGCGGAGGAGGCCCUCAGGGGCCCUACCGUCAACCAGUGGCUGCAAGAGAAGCUCGCUCCAAUCAGCAACACGGGCAACAGCAGCACCAGCAGCAGCAUGAGCGCGGAGGAGGCAGAGGAGGCCCUCAGAGGCCCUACCGUUAACCAGUGGCUGCAAGAGAAGCUCGCUCCCAUCACCACCAACGCCACCAACAACAGCAGCAUGAGUGUAGAGGAGGCAGAGGAGGCCCUACGAGGCCCUACCGUCAACCAGUGGCUGCAAGAAAAGCUCGCUCCAAUCAGCAACACUAACAGCAGCAUGAGUGCGGAGGAGGCAGAGGAGGCCCUACGAGGCCCUACCGUCAACCAGUGGCUGCAAGAGAAGCUCGCUCCCACAUCUGGCAGCAGCAACAGCAGCAGCAUGAGUGCAGAGGAGGCAGAGGAGGCACUGAGGGGCCCUGUGCUCGCCCCCUGCUCGUCCCGCCCGCCCCUGGCUGAUGUCAGCAACAGCAGCGCGGCUACAGCCGGGGAGGAGGAGCAGGCAGAGCCGCUGCUACAGCUGCAGGUGAGGGAGAGAGAGAUGAGGGGCGGAAGAUUAGGGGUGGGACACUGGCAGGACGGGGAGAUGAGGCACGCGCGCCUUGUGUAUGGGGAGGAGGAGCAGGCAGAGCCGCUGCUACAGCUGCAGGUGAGGGAGAGAGAGAUGAGGGGCGGAAGAUUAGGGGUGGGACACUGGCAGGACGGGGAGAUGAGGCACGCGCGCCUUGUGUAUGGGGAGGAGGAGCAGACGGAGCCGCUGCUACAGCUGCAGGUGAGGGAGAGAGAGAUGAGGGGCGGAAGAUUAGGGGUGGGACACUGGCAGGACGGGGAGACGAGGCACGCGCGCCUUGUGUAUGGGGAGGAGGAGCAGGCAGAGCCGCUGCUACAGCUGCAGGUGCAGUACAAGGCGAGCCUCCUCCAUUUGAGUGAGGAGGUGCAGUACAAGACAAGCCUCCUGCAUCUAAGCGAGGAGGUGCGCUCCCUUCGAGCAUCCGGAUUCCACAUCCCGCACCACCUGCUCGCCUGCGCCCUCUCCGCCUCUGCUGCCGCCUCCUCCGCCUCCACCAUCUCACGAGCGCUCGAGAGCUUUGCUGACGUCAGCGCUGGCGUCAGCAAGGGCGUGCUGCCGCUGGUGGCGGCUUCGCGAGAAGCAGUGCUGGGGUUAAUGCAGAGCGGCCAGGGCGUGGUGUGGGAGGAGGAAGAUGAGGUGGACGAGUUUGCUGUGUGCCUGUGGGAUGCAGUAGAGGCGUUUUCAGCCGCUGCUGCUGCGGCCACGGAGAGGCACGAGGCAGCGUGGCAGUGCCUUGAACGUGUCAGAUCGUGUGCCUAUAAGGACUUGCCAACUCAUCUCCGCCAGCUGGCGCACGCGGUGAUCGCAGCGAUCUCCCGGCCGCCUUACCCUGCUGCCACGUCAGCUUCCACGUCAGCAGCGUGGCAGCGUGAGGUGGCUGCCACGUGGGCGGGCCCGCUGCUGAUGCAAGCACAGGCUGUGGUGGUGAGAGAGAUUGAGGCUGUGCUUUCACUGCAUCAGCCCUCUGGUGUAGGGAAGGAACGAGCAGGUGGAGGAGCCGACGCAGCAGGGGCGGCAGGAGCGGCAGGAGCGGCAGGGGCGGCAGGGGUUGUGGGAGGAGAUUCGAAGGGGGAAGAUGGGAGUGAGACUGAGUUGUUUGUGUUGCAGCUGCUGCAGGAGCAGAUGGGGAUGCUGACGCACCGAGUGGCUGUGAGGGGGUCAGACGCAGGGGCGGUGAGAGUGGAAGGAGGAGGAGCGAGCAGCAGGAUGGAGGUGGAGGUACAGCCUCCCCUCUGCGAGUCUCAGCAGCGGCUGCAUGACUGUGUUCAGCUGUUGCUGGCUCCCGCACUUUCUGCUGCUGCAGAGGCAAAUAGCGUCCUCUCCUCCGCCUCUGCUGCUUUCUCGCUCUCUCCCACUCCCUCGAAUAGUCUCUCUGCUGCUGCUGAAGCCAGCAGCAUGCAUUCAUCCGCCUCUGCCGCCCUUCAUCAUCCCGAGGCUGCCGGUAACUUCAGUGACGUCAGCAGCAGCGACAGCAUGGGUAGCUAUCACAGCACCGCGAGGGGUGGGGCUAGUGUGGGGAGUCUGUUAGUAGUGAGCUGUGUGGUUCCGGCUCGGCUUGAGGCGUGUGCGUAUGGGGUGGUGGAUGCAGUGGUAGGGGCGGCUGAGGGAUGGGUGGGCGAGUGGAGGGUGAGAGUGGCGCAGGCUGAGGGGAAGCUGGAGAGGUGCGCUCGUGCUGCUGCCCCAGCUGCUGUUAGCGAAAGUUCCAACACCUCCCUUCCCCCGUCUUCGACUGAACUCUGGCGUUCCCUUAUGAACGAAGUUCAGCAGGUUCGGAACCAGCUGGCUGCCAAACCUGCGGUGGUUAGGUUCGGCGCAGCUGACCGAACCUCGCUCCUAGCCUUGGACGCAGGCUCGGUGAGGGAGGCACUGGUGGGUCGGUGUGAGGCUUGGAUACGGGCGGCUGAGGAGGAUAUAGAAGGCAGGGCGGUUCUGGGUUGUAGGGAGGCGAUUAAAGAGGUAUUUGAGCUGAAGAAACUAUUAGAAGGGAUUAAGAGGGAGGCAGAGGGGGAAGUUAUGGGGAGAGAUAGGGAGCAGAGGCUUGGGCGAGUGAGAGAGGGAGAGGAGGGUGAGGAGGGGGAGCAGGGGGAGCAGGGAGAGGAGGAACAGGAGGGAGAGGAGGGAGAGGAGAACAAGGCAGCUAUGGGUAAUGGUGGUGCUGGUAAGGGUGGGGGGCUGUGUGGGGAUGUGCGGAGGCUGAUAGAGCAUCUAGAGAGAGUGAGGGAGGCGGAGAGGAGGGUAGUAGAGGUGAGUGAGGGAGUGGAGAAAAUCAGGCCGUUAGUAGAGGCGGCGGUUGCUAGGGGAGGGGGAAGUGGCAAGGGGAAAAGGAGCACUAGCAGCAGCAGCAGCGGUGGUAGGAGCAGUAGUGCUGGCGUUGGGGUGGCGCUGGUACAGGCAAGCUGGAAAGAGCUGGAGAAGGAGUGGGGAGGGUUGGAAUGGGCAAGAAAUGCUGUUUCGGGAGGGAGAAAAGCAGCAGCAGAAGCAGCACGGAAGGGAGUAGAAGCUGCAGCAGGAGAAUACCCCAGCGGGAUAGUUUUCCUCCAGGGGCUUGUGAGCGUGCAGGUGUUAAGUGCGGUGCAGGUGCAUGUGGGGGAGGUGGGAAGGUGUAUGGAGGAAAUUGAGACGUGGUGGGACGCUGCUGCUCCUACCAGUGCGGAUUGCUCUAGAGGCAGGGCUGCUGGGGCGCUGGUGCAGUGCGCACGCUUAGUGGGGCAGCUUAAAACGAGGAUAGAGCUCGUGAGGAAAGCGAUUGGGCUGGUGGGAGGGGCGGGCGGGGAGGAGGAAGAGGAGGUGGGGAGAGUGGAGGGGAGGUUAGAGAGGGUGGUUGCAGAGGGGGAGGAGAUGCAGCGUAUGUGGCUGUUGAUUAAUAAUCUUUUGGAUGUUAUUGCCUCUGUGGAGGGGAUUAGGGUUGCGGAUUUCAACCCUGAAUCGGACCUAACCCCUCUGCACUCCGCCUUGAGCGAUGUGGACCAGGAGGAGGAGGUUUUCGGGCAGCACGGUGCGUUCUGGGCAGUUCAAUCCACUGCCCGGAAACUAAUCGCGAGCCUAGGUCUGGUGUCGAAGCUAGUUAAAGCCUCGCUGCAAGAGGCCCAUUGGAGGGCCCUCGCCCGAGCCUUGGGAUUCCAAGCCAAGGGCGGGCUCGGCGCCGGAGGUACCCUGCAGGUUCGGGAUCUGGUCCAGGCGCUGGGAGGCUUGGAGGGCCGGGCGGCAGCGGAGCAGGUGUUAUCUGCCGUCCAGGGGGAGGUGGCAUUGAGACAGUUUAUGGAUAAGGUUGAAAAGGAGUGGGGCGAGCAGGAGUGGGCUUUUAAGGGGUUUAGAGACAAGUGGAAAAUCGUGGGGAAUUUGGGGGUGGUUGGGGAAAUGGUGCUAGAGCAUUUGAGUAUGCUUGGAGCAAUGAAGCAGUCUCCCUUCUUUCCUCCGUUUAGAGAGGCUGUGAGGGAGUGGGAGGGGCGGCUUGGGCGGCUGAGUGAGCUGGUGGAUGCACUAGCAGACGCGCAGUCCAAGUGGGUCCGUUUGGAAGCACUCAUGACGUCACCUGCCGUCCGGUCGAUGCUACCCGACACGCACCGCGCCUUCCACGAAGCUUCCCUCCCGUUCACGGAGUUCCUGGGAUCGCUCGCCGCCCGCCCUCUCGCGAUCGACCUGGAGGGACUUGCGGAAGAGGACGACGGAGCUGGGCGGCAGGUUUUGGCGGUUUGUGCGGAGGUGUUUGGGCGGGUGCUUUUGGAGGUUCAGGCACAUCUGGACAAGCAGAGGCGGAUGCUGCCAAGGCUGUACUUCCUGGGGGAUGACGACCUGCUGCAGCUCAUUUCUGCUUCGCCCUCUGAUUUAUCUGCGGUGCACGUGCACAUUCGGAAGCUCUUCACAGCAGUCCCAUUGCCCCCCUCCCAUCCUCAUUCUACUCCCUCUUUUCCCCUCUCUCCCCUCCCCCCGUCAGAAAAGAGUACAGCAGAGGAUGUAGUGAAGUUUGCACCUUCAGGGGACGCAGGGAAGAGAGUAUUUAUCAUGGCAGCUCUUUCCGACGGGGAGCGGCUCGUGCUGCACCAACCAGUGGAGCUUGCGGAAGGUGCUGCCACGUCAGCGAGUGCCACGUCAGCGGAUGCCACGUCAGCGGGUGCCACGUCAGCGGAAGGACAGAAGCCAGCAGGAGCCACCAAGUGGCUGCUGGAUCUCGACAUGGCGCUGCGGACGACUCUGAGCGACCUGGUUGUGUCAGCGGUCGCUGAGCUGGCGGCGUGUGAUUGGCUGUCGACUGCUGCGGCUGGGAAGAGGGAGAAGAGCAAAUGCAGUGGGAAGAAUGGAAGUGGCGGCGGAGUGAGGAGGAGUGGAGUGAGGAUGGGCGGUAGCAGCAGGAGGAACGGAGGAAGGUUCCUCGAGUGGCUGGGGAAGCUGCCUUUGCAGCCGGCGCUGCUGGCUCUGCAGGUGAGCUGGACGGCACUAGUUGAAGGGAUUCUGGCAGGCGAGGGAGGAGAAGGAGGAGGAGAAGGAGGAAAGGAGGCCGGAGAAGGGGAGAGCGGAGGGGAAGGGCUGCAAGGGAAGGGAGGGAAGGAAGCGGGGCUAGAGGCGCUGGUGGUGGGGCUGGAGGGGCUUCUGCAGUGGCUGGCUCGCGCUGUGCGGGAGCGGAGAGAGCUGGCUGGGAGAGCAGCAGGAAGAGCAGCAGGCGAAGCAGGGGGACUAGCAGGAGGAGCAGGGGGGCCAGGGGGAGCAGCAAGGGCAGUGGCAGGGGGGGCAGGUGGCGAGGAGGGGAGGUUGAUGGAGGCCAAGUGUGAGGCAGUGAUCACGGUGCUGGUUCACCUGCUGGAGAGCAGUAAGGCGCUGCUGGUGGAGCAGCGGGAGGAGCAGGCACGGGCAGAGAAGGAGGAGGAGGAUAAGGAGAAUUUGGGGUGUGCAGGGCUUCAGCAGAAGCAGAAGCAGAAGCGGAAGGAGAAGAAGCAACACGGGCUCUCUCUCUCCUCCUUUGCCUGGAGGAAAUGCCUCCGAUACUACCUCGACCCGUCCCUCCCUCCCCUCCACCGCCUCUCAGUUCAAAUCGCCGAUGCUUCAUUCACCUACGGAUUUGAAUACUCUGGCUGCUCCCCCUCUCUCGUCCGCACCUCCCUCACCGACCGCUGCUUCCUCGCACUUUCCCAGGCGCUCUGGCACGGGCAGGGCAGCGCUCUGAUUGGUCCAGCCGGCACGGGGAAGACGGAGACUGUCAAGGCGCUCGGGCGGCAGCUCGGGCGGCCGGUUUUGGCGCUAUCUUGUGAUAGGAGUUUUGAUAGCGCGGCGGUGGGGCGGGUUUUGGAGGGAGUGGCGAGGCUGGGCGCGUGGGGGUGCAUGGAUGAGUUCAACAGGUUGGACGAGAGUACUAUGUCUGCGAUUUCGCAACAUUUGGUGGCGAUUCAGGGCGCGCUGAGGGAAGGAAGGAGGGAAGCCGUGCUGGCUGGGACUACCGUGCCCGUGCACCCUGCCACUGGUAUAUUCGUGACGCUCAACCCGCGCUAUGCAGGCAGGGACCAUCUGCCCGAGAGCCUGUCCGCCCUCCUGCGUCCUCUGACAGUCGCCGUCCCUGAUGCAUGCGCCAUCGCCCAUGUGACUCUGCUGUCGUGUGGGUUCUCGCAUGCUGAGAGGCUGGCUGACGCUGCCACCCGCAUAUUCCAGGAGUCAGAACAGUGCUUAGACCCCCAACCUCAGUACGACUUCAGCCUGAGGGCGCUGAAAGCAGCUCUGAAAUCUGCUAGGUCUGUUAUGCUGGCGCAGACAGAAUUGGAAGGGGGUGCGAGUGAGAAUGAGGGUAAGGAGAGGAAAGAGGAAGUGGAAGAAGGUGCGAUUGAGGUUGAGAGCAAGGGGAUGAGCGAGGUAGUGGAAGGGGGUGCGAUUGAGGGUGAAAAGGAAGGGAGGGAAAGUGGUAUGGAGGAGGUGUGUGAGGGAGAGAUGGAGGUGAAGGGUGAGGAGGGUAGGGAGGAGGGAUGUGUGGAAGAGGAGGAGGGGGGGAGUGUGAGAUCAGAGGAGAAAGAGGAGUUUUACGAGGCAGAGGAUGGGGAGCAAGGGGGGGAUGAAGAGGGGAAGGAGGAUGGGAGGCAGGAAGAGGAGGAGGAGGAGGAGGAGAAGGAGGAGGAGAAGGAGGAAGGGGAGGAGCCGGAGGUGAGAGAGGAGGUGUUGCAGGUGGAAGAAACAGAGGAGGGAGAAGGGGACGGAGAAGAGGACAUAGUAGAGGAGGUAAAGGAGGAGGUAGGGGCGGAAGAGGAGGUAGAGGAGGAGGAGGAAGAGGACGAAGAGGCCCACCGUGUGUCGAGAUGGCCGUUGGAGUCCCGAUCCCUAGUCCAGGGCAUUUUUGGCCAGCUGGCAGCCAAGCUGGCACCUGCUGACGUGGCAACCUUCCGGGAGGUGGUUUCCCGGAACCUUCCGGACGUGGCUGUGGAGGAGACGGGCGACGCUGAGCUGGCAGCGGCGGUGGAGGUGGUGUGUGAGAGGGAGGGGUACGUGGCGAGCUGUGAUUGGACGAGGAAGGUGCUGCAGAUGGCGAGGUUGAUGGGGCUGCAUCAGGGGAUCAUGCUGGUGGGGCCGCCUGCUGGGAAGACCACGGCCUGGAGAGAGAGUCUGUCCAAGGCACCACCCUCUCCCAAGCAGGCGCUCUUUGGGGGCGUUGAGGCAACCACCCUCUCCUUCUUCUCCCCCAUUCUCUCCUCCCCGCCUCCAGUGCUGCACAAGGCCCUGGAGGCAACGAAAGGGUCGCAGGUGUCGGUGACAGUGGUGGAUCCUAAGAGUCUGUCGCUCCCAUUCCCGCCUCCCCUUCUUGCAGUGCUGCGCAAGGCCUUGGAGGCAUCGCAAGGAGUGCAAGUAUCAGUGACAGUGGUGGACCCAAAGAGUCUCUCCAAGGAGGCGCUGUUUGGGAGCGUGGAGGCCACCACGCGGGAGUGGCAGGAUGGGGUGUUCACGCGGGCUUUAAGGGCCGUUGUGCGGGAGUAUGAGGAGGAGAGGGAACGGGCGACUGGAAGAGAGGGGGUGGCGGAGGGGGUGGAAGAGGAGGAAGAGGAGGGCGAGAGGGAGAGGAGGGAAGGGAUGGAAGGGGAAGGGGAGGAGGGCGAUGGGGUGGGGGGGAUGCAACAAGGAACAGGAGGGAAUGCAGGGAGGGGCGUGGAGUGGCAGCGGCGGCACUGGUUUGUGUUUGACGGGGAGGUGGACCCCAUUUGGAUCGAGACGCUCAACUCCCUGCUGGACGAUAACAAGCUUGUGUUUGAGGGCGAGGUGGAUCCCAUUUGGAUCGAGACGCUCAACUCGCUGCUGGACGAUAACAAGGAUGGGGCAGUGCAGGGAGGGACUAAGGGCGGGGAGGUGGACCCCAUCUGGAUCGAAACGCUCAACUCGCUGCUGGAUGACAAUAAGUGGAGCAAGGUGUGGUUUGUGUUUGACGGGGAGGUGGACCCAAUCUGGAUUGAGACGCUCAACUCGCUGCUGGAUGAUAACAAGGUUAUGACUCUACCAACAGGGGAGCGCCUGCCCCUCCUCCCCCACAUGCAUUGCAUAUUCGAAUGCCCCUCCCUCGCCCACGCCACUCCUGCCACCAUCUCUCGCCUCGGAGUGGUCUGCUUCCCCCCUCCCUCCUCACCGUUCCACCUACUUCUCCCCUUCGCCCCCUCCCUCCCCUGCCACCCAACAGGUUAUGACGUUGCCAACAGGGGAGCGCCUGCCUCUCCUCCCUCACAUGCACUGCAUCUUCGAAUGCCCCUCUCUCGCCCACGCCACUCCCGCCACCAUCUCUCGUCUCGGAGUAACGAGCAUCUGGAGCUGCUGCCGCCCGGCCUGCCACAGCCGCUGCUACAGCCGGUGCUGGCUGUGGCUCUGGCGGCGCUACAGCCGGGCGGGCUGCUGCAGCAGGCUCUAGAGGCUGCUGCUGGUGUCAGUGGCGCUGGUACUGCUGCUACAGCUGUCACUGCUACAGCCGCUACAGCUGCUACAGAUGCUACAGGUGCUGCAGCAGUUGCAAGAGUGGGUCCUGCUGCUGGUUCGGCCGAGGGAGAUUCCAUUCCUUUUGAUUCCAUGCGUGCCCUUCGCUCGGUAUUCCUCUACUACUGCUACCGAACCUCGGACCUCUGCCGAACCUCCGCACGAGCCACGCCUCCCAAGAGUGACGCUCUUGAAACAGCAGGUGUGCGGAGCGGUGAAGGGGGGGUGAAGGGAGGUGCGAAUGGGUCUAUUGCGGUGGUGGGGAGAUUUACUAGGAAAGCAAUGGUAGAGGCGAUUAUGGCAGGGGUUGCAGGAGGAAUGGAUGUUACCUCUCGCUCUGCCUUUGCAGACCGAUUAGCUGGUAUUUUGGCGUCGGACGGUGAGGGAAAGAAUGAAAUGGCGUGCCGUGCCACGUCAGAGCAGCUGCUGAGCUGUUUUGCUGACGUGGCGAGCGGGCAUUGGAAGCCGUGGGAGGCUGCUCUGCCUGGAUUGGCUGAUGCUGAUGCUGCUGUUGGGGGGUGUUUCGGGGAUGAGGAGGAGGUGGAGGAGGGAGAGGAGGAAAGUGUGGAGGAAGAGGAGAGGACGACCUGCAAUCCGGCUUCAGACGUGGGCAGGCACGAACUACCUGUACGCCUUACAAGGCAUCUCACUGUUGCACAUGUGCCGUUCCCGUCUGGUGCGGCUCUUACGAGGAUAUACAGCACGUUUAUAAGGGGGAUAUUGGCCCGGUAUGGCCCUGGGGUGGCAGUGUACGCGCAGGGGGAUUCUCAGGGGGAUUCUCAGGUGGCUUCUCAGAUGGAUUCUCAGGUGGUUUCUCAGGUGGGUGCGACCCUGGCAGCGGCGAUGGUGGAGGUGUAUGAGGCGUGUGGGGCGAGGUUCACCCGGGCAGUGCAGCAGCACUACGUGUGCAGUCCCAGGGAACUUACCAGAUGGACUAGAGGCAUCCGAUUCGCUCUGGUGCAUGGGCAGAAAGCGGUUAAGAGGGGUACAGGGGGAACGGGAGGCGAGCGGACGGAGAAAGGGGCGGUUGAGAGGGGUGACAAGGGUGGAGUUAGUGGUAAGAGUGGUAAGGGGUGUGUGGGCGCUAGUAGUGCUGGUGGCGGUGCGAGAUUGGGCGGUGGUGGGGGGCUGAUUGGAGCAACAAGUGCAAAUAUAGGCUCUGGGGUUGCUGCUAUAGGUGGUGACGGGGAGAGCAGCUGGGCGGCCAGGCUUGUCCUGACGUGGCUGCAUGAGGGGAUGCGGAUCUGGUAUGACAGGCUGGUGGGGGAGGAGGAGAGGGAGUGGACGGCGAAGCUGCUUUUGCGGGUGGCAACAGAAAAGAUACUCCCGAUGCUCGUGCCUCUUGUAGGGAACACUCUUGUAACGAGUACAAGGAAUCCUGUUGCUUUCGCUGAUGGUGUUGCGGAUGGUGUUUCUGCCGCGCCUUUCUCGCUACCUGCCGACCCGAGCCGGUUGGUGUUUUCGUCUCUUCUGACGGGGCGGUACGAGCCGUGCGCGGUGAGCCACCUGAAAAAGCACCUGAGGUGGGCCCUGACAGGGGAGGUCCCGGAUGCUGCAGGAGGGGCAGGUGCCGGCCAGGUGAAACCAGGUGUUUCUUCAGGUGCUGGGGCGGCAGAAAAGGGCGGGGACAGGAGAGGAGGAGCAGGAAAGAGGGCAGCAGGCAGCAGAACAGGGGAGGUGGAGGAGGAAAUGGGGAGGAAGGUUUUGGAAGAAUCAGAAGAACUGGGGAUGGAGAAGGGGGAGGAGGAUGCAGGGGAGGUGCAAGCAGGGGAGGUGGUAUUGACUGAUGAGUUUGUGUGUGCGGUGGUGAGAGCAGCGUCUGUGCUGCAGCAGCCGAUGGGACACCUACUGCUGCUUGGUCCUCCUGCGACUGGAAAGUCUACUGUUGCCAGAUCCGCAAUCGCUGCGACGGGAUUGGUGGAGGUGCGGGUGGCGCUACACGCAGGAUUCGAGGAGCGCGAGCUGGACGGCCCGCUGGAGGAGGCGCUGCGGGCGGCGGGGUGCGACGGGCGGCGCGUUUGUCUUGUUCUGGAGGAGGCGCAUCUGGUGGAGAGCGCUGUCUUGGAAAGGCUCAACUCGCUGCUGACAGGGGGAGACGUCCUUGGGCUGUUUGGAGCGGAAAAGCAGCAGGAGCUGCUUGAUUCCCUCCGCGUGGCUUCUGAGCCUGAGGAGGAGGUGUGGGCGGGGUUCAGGAGGAGGGUCCAAUCCAAUCUGCACGUGGUGCUGACGAUGACCAGCCAGGGCAGCGCUCACAUGCGCCAGAGCAUGCUGGCGUCCCCGGCUCUCUUCAACCGCUGCACCGUGCUCUGGCUGCCGCCCUGGGGGGACACGGGGCUCGCUCCGCUUGCUCAGAGUCGCCUCGCCGGUGUUUCGCUGGUUCACCCUGUCUCAGCCGCAGCUGCUGCAGCAGCAGGAGGAGCAGGAGGAGGAGUAGGAGGAGGAGCAGGAGGGGCAGGAGGAAGAGGAGACUCCAAGCAGAUUGAUAUGCCGGCUGAUGCUGCGGGUGGUGCUGCUGGUGGGGCUGGGGAAGCGAAGGAGAGGCAGCUGCUGGCGGAGGUUCUGGUGGCAAUUCAUGGCUGCGCUGUUAGUGCUGUUAGCGAGUCGCUCAAUAACAGAGCUUUCGGGAAGGCUGGGCUGGGAGGGGAGCAGCAGCAGGAGGGAAUCUUGCAGCAUUCCUUCUCUCCAGACUCUCUCAUCUCCCUCCGCUCCUUCUCAGACCUUCUCACCCACUUCCACUCCUCCGUAUCCCACUCGCACCGCCGCGCACACCGCACCUUCCAGCACCUCUCCCUGGGCCUCACAAAGGUCACAGCCGCAGAGCACCGCGUGGUACUCCUCCGAAAACAUUUAGAACUCAAAUCGAAAGAGCUGCAAGUGAAAGAGGCUGCUGCGAACGGGAAGUUACAGCAGAUUGCAGCGGAGCAGGCGCUAGGAGAGAGGCAGAGGGCGGAAGCGCAGGGGCUGAUUGCGAGGUUGGACGAGCAGGCGAGGAGUGUGGAAAGGCAUAGGAGGGAGGCGCAGGAGAAUCUGGAGCGCGUUGAGCCGGCGGUUGAUGCGGCGAAGACGGCGGUGAAAUCGAUCAGGAAAUCCCAGCUGGAUGAUCUCAAGGCCAUGCCCAACCCGCCCAGUGCCAUCAAACUCACGCUGGAAGGAGUGUGUCUGCUCCUGACGGGUUUAAAGCCCUCCACGUGGCAGGGCAUUCUCUCUGUGGUGCGCCGAAACGACUUCAUCCCCAAUAUACUGGGAUGCGAUAUGGAGGCCAUAGACCCCGUGCUGGUGCUGCGCGUAAAGCGGGAAUACCUGGACGCGCGAGUCAUUUCCUUUGACGCUGUGAACAGAGCGAGCAAGGCGUGUGGGCCGUUGUUCUCAUGGCUGGAGGCAGCGGUGCAGUAUGGGGAGAUCAUUCGAGCAGUGCAGCCCAUGAGGGACGAGAUGGAGCAGCUGGAGGGGGAGGCGGGCAGCAUGGCGGAGGAGCUGCAGCACGUGCAGGAGUCCAUUGGCAAUCUGAAGGAGCGCAUGGAAGCAUGUCGCGACGAGCAUUCCCUCCUCCUCUCCGCCUGUGAAGCCAUGCGAGCCGACAUCCACCAAUCAAAGCUCGCCAUGCAGCGAGCCGCCAGCCUGGUCAAAGAUCUAACGUACGAGCGUGACCGUUGGAUGAAGCAGCGCGAGAUGCUCAAGAGCCGGGCGGCAGCGUGCUUAGGCGACGCUUUGCUAAGAGCCGCUAGUUUGGCGUACCUGGGACCGCUGGAGCUCGCGGAAAGGCAGCGGCUUUUAGCUAAGUGGCAGGAGGUGGUGGGUUCCCGCGGGUUGAAGUUCUCGAAGGGGGGUGUGCUGAGGGGUGAGGUGGGGUUGGAUGGGGUUGGGGAGAGGGGAGGGGAGGGGGGUGAGGAGGGGUGGGGAGGGGUGGAGGAGGAUGAGGAGGUGGAGGAGGAGCGGGCAAAAUGGGAGGCGAUGGGGUUACCACAGGACGAGUAUGCGUUACAGAAUGCGGAAUCGGUGCUUAAGUGCCGGAGGGUGCCGCUACUUGUGGACCCGUCUGGAAGAAUGGUUGAAUUCCUUCGGAAGGUUCUCUCCUGCUCCGCCCCUGCUGCUACAGCCGAUUCGGCUACAGCCGGAAGCACCGAAUCCGCUGCAGCCGAUUCUGUUACAUUUGAUUCUGGUGCUACAGCCGGCAAUGCUCCUGGUUUGAGUGAUAGCCAGGGAUCCGCGGAAGUGAAGCAGGAAGGGGGAGUGGUCUGUGUGAGCGCACAGGAAGAGGAGAGUGUGUUGGCACGAGCAGCGGAAAAGGCACACCUGCUGAGCCGCGUGAUUGGCCGGGAGCGCGCUGACGUGGCGCAGCAGCGGGACCGGGCGGCGGCGCUGCAGGAGAGAUGCCGAAGGAGAUUGCGCCAGCUGGAAGGGAGAUUGCUUGAGGUGCUGACGUCACCAGAGGAGGACGGGAAGGAUGCAGGAGGUGUGGUAACAGGGAGCGUGGCUGUGACUCCUGCUCGUGGUGCUGGGAGUGGUGGUGGUAGUGUCAGCAGCACCCCUCCUCCUACUUUCAGCAUGUUUAGCGGAUUAAAACGACCGGCAGGCGUGGCAGCAACACCAACACCAACAGCAGCACACACAGCAGCAGCAGCAGCAGCAGCAGCAGCAGCAGCAGCAGCAGCAGCAGCAGCAGCAGCAGCACAAACGCCAGUGGGAGUUUCUCUGUCUUCCCGAGCCCUCGAAUCCCCAAUCCCCACACCAGCCCCUCUCCCUCCUGUAAUGGACGACUCUACAGUCUCAAAAACCCUCGCUCAAAUAAAAAAGGACGCUGCAGCAGUCAAGGCGAAGGCGAGAGAGGUGCGACUGGUAAUGAGACAAGUCGACGCCGUCCGGACGCUGUAUGCCCCGCUGGCGGACGUCGGCGCGGCGGCGUUUUUCGUCCUUUCUGGGGCGGCUGCCGCCCUGCAGCAGCCUCUGUACAGAUUCUCGCUGGAUUUCUUCCUGCGGGCGUUUGACGAUGCAAUUUCGGCUGCUAGUGGUGAAUCAGGUGGAAAAUCAGCAGCAGAAGUAACAGUAGCGUUAACAGCAGAAGCACAGGCAGAUAAUACUGUAACUGUGAAGCCAAGAGUGAGACAGCUGGUUGCAGCGGUACUGAGUGAGCUUAUAACGAGGACAGCAGAGGCAACAGAGUACCGGCACCACCUGCCUGUGGCCCUUGCCCUAUCCCGCUGCGCCAGGCUGGCAGAUGACGUGGACUGGGUAGGCUUGGCUACAACCGUCUCUGCAAAAUAUGCUACAGGGCUGGCUAUUGAAAGUGAUGCUUCAUCUGAUGCUACAGCCUCUGCUAGAGCUGCAGAAACAGGCAGAGCAGCAGGGGAGAUUGAAGCUGCUGUGAAAGAGGAGCUGCAGUGUACGACUUCUGGGGCAGCUUAUAGCGAGUAUGAGGGCAGGAGGAGUGCUGCAGUGGAAGCAGUGGUUGGGUUUGUCGAGUCAAUGGCAGUCAACGCUGGUCAAACGGACAUUGCUGGGCGGCGACUGGUGGAGGCUGUAAUCACAGCGGGGGCGGCUGUGAGGCUGAUGCCACCCAAGCUGGUGGAGGCGUGUGACGUGCUGGUGAUGGAGGCACCGGCAGGGGUGAAAGGCAGCAUGCAGAGAUCUUUGGAUUCGAUUCUCUCUCUCUUGGCUCGAGGCAGCAGCCAGUGGAACGAGCAGCAGAGAGUUAGAAACUCAGCGGAGGAAGCAGAGAGGGGCAGCAGCAAACCGAGUGGGGUUACAGUGGAGAAGCGGCGACAGGGGAAGCAGCUGCAGAUGCUGCGAGUGCGAGGGGGUGAUGAGGAGGAGGAGAGGAGGAGGCGGCAGAUGCUGCGAGUGCGAGUGGGAAUGGCAUGGGUGCAUGCGGUGUUGCAGGAGCGAGUGCACUACGUGCCCAGGGGAUGGCUGUGCCCUUACACCUUCAUGGACCAUGAUCUCACCUGGGCGCUCUCCCUGCUCCAAGCCUGGCAAGCAGACAGCCCUGUCCACCUGACGCCCCUCAACUCCCUGCUGCAGGAGCGAGUGCACUAUGAUCUCACCUGGGCGCUCUCCCUGCUCCAAGCCUGGCAAGCAGACAGCCCUGUCCACCUGACGCCCCUCAACUCCCUGUCACACCUUGACCUCACCUGGGCGCUCUCCCUUCUACAGGCAUGGCAGGCAGACAGCCCUGUCAACCUGACGCCUAUAAACUGCCUACCAGCAGUGCGAACCCUGCUACUCGACAUAGCCUAUGUACUGAAGAUGGAGUCCCCUGCAGACCACCACUUGAUUUUACCCCUUGUCACCGAUUCUCACCUCUUCUCGCCGUUUCCCACCCCUUUCCACCCUUUUCCACACCUACAGGACCUCACUUGGGCUCUAUCCCUGCUGCAGGCGUGGCAAGCAGACAGCCCCACCAGCCUAACACCCGUCAACUGCCUGCCAGCAGUGCGAACGCUCCUCCUGGACAUUGCCUACGGGCUCAAGAUGGAGUCCCCUGCAGACCAUGACACCCUCUCCCGCAUCGUCUCGCACGUGUCGGUCGGUGGGGCUGCAGAGAAUGAGAAGGUGACUGGUGGGGAAGCAAAGGAUGCGAAAACGGAUGGUGAGGAUGGAGAGGUCGAAGAGGAGGAGGAGGCGGAGGAGGAGAAAGAGAUGGGUACGGAAAAGACGAGGGAGGUGGGGAUGCGCGAGGGGAAUCAGGCGACGAAGGGAGGGAAGGAGGAGGGAAGAGAGGAGGCCGUGAGCGGUGAGCGGCAGAAGGGGGAGGGCGUGAGUGGGCAGCAGCAGAGGGGUGAGGGCGUGGAGCAGAAGGAAAGGGAGGAGGAGGGUGAGCUGAAGGGAGGGGAAAUGAAGGGAGAGGAGGUGAAGGGAGAAGAAGCGGAGGAGGAUGAAGAAGUGAAGGUUGGGCCAGCGGAUUUGGGGAUGGAAAAGGUUGAUGAGGCAUUGGCAGCAGCAGAAGAGGCAAUCAUGCCGAAAGUUAAAGGCUCUGAUGCUGCUGCUGCUGCUGCUGGUUCUGGUGCUGGCGCUGGUGGUAGGAAUGUUACUAGUAUUGUGGCGAAUGUUACAAGUAACGUGGGAGAGAAGAGAGGAGGAGAGGAGGAAUUGGUGGAUGCAAAUGGUACAAGCAAGAUGGGAGGUAAUAAGGGAGUUGAGAAAGAAGCGGAAAUGGUGGGGAAGAGAGGGGGUGAGGGGGGGACCAAAGAGGAGGCAGGAUUGGCUGGGGACGACGAGGAGGAGGAGGUGGAGGAGGAGAAGAAGGAGGAGGGGGAAGUGGCAGAGGAGACGGAAGAGGGAAAAGCAGAGGAUGCAGCUGCAGCAGAGGAGGUUGAAGAGCUAGCGACAGAGACGAAGGAGGGUGCAACUAAAGACAGCUGGAGGGUUAGCAAAGCAGGUAGUGAGGCAGGUGGAAAGGCAGGUGGAAAGGCUAGUGGCGAAGGCUCAACAGCAGCAGAGGAGGUUGAAGAAUUAGCGACAGAGACAAAGGAGGGUGCAGCUAAAGGCAGCUGGAGGGUUAGCAAAGCAGGUAGUGAGGCAGGUGGAAAGGCAGGUGGAAAGGCUAGUGGCGAAGGCUCAACAGCAGCAGAGGAGGUUGAAGAAUUAGCGACAGAGACAAAGGAGGGUGCAGAAUUGGAUACAUCUUUGGUCACUGGGGAAAACGGUACAGCCACAGGCAGGUGGAGGGUUAACAAAGCAGCUAGCAAGGCAGGUGGCAAGGCAGGUGGCGAAGGCUCAACAGCAGCAGCUGCAACAGCAGCAGGAGAAACGGAAACGGAUGUCACUGUGGUUGAUUUAGCUGCUGCAAACACCACUGAUGGAGAGGGUGUGUCAGGAAGGGAUGGGCUUACAGGAGCAGAGCUGACAGGGGAUAGUCUGUUGAGAGGAGACGAGGAGACUCGUGGGUCAACUCAAAGGUCGAAGGUCCCUGCUGGAAAGGGCAUGUCUGAAAAGGAUACUCUUACAGGAGCAGAGCUUACAGGGGGUGGUAUGAUGAGAGGAGACGAGGAGACUCGUGGGUCAACUCAAAGGUCGAAGGUCCCUGCUGGAAAGGGCAUGUCUGAAAAGGAUACUCUUACAGGAGCAGAGCUUACAGGGGGUGGUAUGAUGAGAGGAGACGAGGAGACUCGUGGGUCAACUCAAAGGUCGAAGGUCCCUGCUGGAAAGGGCAUGUCUGAAAAGGAUACUCUUACAGGAGCAGAGCUUACAGGGGGUGGUAUGAUGAGAGGAGACGAGGAGACUCGUGGGUCAACUCAAAGGUCGAAGGUCCCUGCUGGAAAGGGCACGUUCGGGAAGGGUACUCUUACAGGAGCAGAUCUUAAAGGGGAUAGUGUGAUGAGAGAGGGAGAAAGGGGAGGGGACGAAGAGGAGAGGGAGGGGGAGAGGGAGGAGCAGGCGGAAGGGGAGGAGCAGGCCGAGGGCGGAUUGGGUGAGGUUAUUGCUGUUACUGAGCGGCAGGGGAAGAAGGGAGGUGGCACAAAAGCGGUGAGAAUGGGAGAGGGAGAAAGGGGAGAGGAAGAGGAGAGGGAGGAGGAGAGGGAGGAGCAGGGGGAGGGGGGUUUGGGCGACGAUAUUGCUGUUACUGAGCGGCAGGGAAAGAAGGGGGGUGGCACAAAGGGGGUGAGAGUGGGAGAGGGAGGGGAGGGAGGAGGAAUGGAUGGGGUAAGGGGAGAGGAGGAGGUGGAAAGGGAAGAAGAGGAGGGAGAGGAGGAGGCGGAGAUGGGAGCAGAGGAGGGAGGAGAGGAAGGGCUUUUGCACAGCAGGACUUCGGGUAAAAAAGGGGAGGGCGCUGCAGCUGAGGAUAGGGUUAAGAGUGGUGCUGAGGGUAGGGUUAAGGGUGGUGCUGAGGGUAGGGUUAAGAGUGGUGCUGAGGGUAGGGUUAAGAGUGGUGCUGAGGGUAGGGUUAAGGGUGGUGCUGAGGGUAGGGUUAAGGGUGGUGCUGAGGGUAGGGUUAAGAGUGGUGCUGAGGGUGGGGUUAAGAGUGGUGCUGAGGGUGGGGCUGAGAGUGGGGCAUUGGAUGCAGAAGCAGCAACAGAGGAGGGAGGAGAGGAAGGGCUUUUGCACAGCAGGUCUCGGGGUAAAACUGGGAAGGGUUUUGGAGGUGACAGUGGGGUUGAGGGUGGCGCUGAGAGUGGGUUUGAGACUGGGACAUUGGAUGCAGAAGCAGCAGCAGAGGAGGGAGGAGAGGAAGGGCGUUUGCACAGCAGGUCUCGGGGUAAAACUGGGAAGGGUUUUGGAGGUGACAGUGGGGUUGAGGGUGGCGCUGAGAGUGGGUUUGAGACUGGGACAUUGGAUGCAGAAGCAGCAGCAGAGGAAGAAGACUCAGUGGCAGGUGGAAGGGUAGAUGGAAGGCCAGCAGCAGCAGACGCAGCAGCUUCGAAGAAGGAGGCUGGGGGGAAGAGAGGACAAGAAGGUGCUGCUGGUGAUAAUAGGAAGGGAACAGGUGGAGAGGAGGAGGACUAUCCUGGUCCAGCAGGGGCGAGAGAGGGGGAGAGAGAGGAUGGGAGCGAGGAGGCUGAGGAGAAGAGAGGAAAAGGAUUCGGCGGAAGUGAUGCUAGGAAAGGAGCAGGUGGAGAGGAGGAGAGGGGACAAGAAUUUGGUGGUAGUGAUACCAGGAAAGGACCAGAUGAGGAGGGAGAGUACGCUGCAGGAGAGGAGACGAGAGGUGGGGAGGGGGAGAGAGAGAGUGAGGGAGGCAGGGAGGAGGGAGGUGAGUGGGCGAUGCCUGGAGACGAUUUCGCUGCUGAAGAAACACCUGAAGAUUCACCUGAAAAUUCACCUGAAGAUGCACUUGAGGGUUCAGCUGAGGAAGACGAGUAUCCUGCAGAAGGGUCGAGUAGGGGGCGGGUUUCAGGUGUGGAGAAGGAGCAGGGGCAGGGAGGCUUGGUGGGGGGGGGUGCUGGUGGUGGGGGUGGUGGUGGUGGUGGUGGUGGUGGGGUGUCUCCGUAUGGAGGAGAGGAGGAUGAGUAUGGAACACAGGAUUUUGGACCGUCCAAUCCAAAAGCAGCAACAGGAGCAGGGGCAGGAAAGCUUGGUGGUGGUGGUGGUGGUGGGGAUGGUGGCAGGGAGUCUCCGUAUGGGGGAGAGGAGGAUGAGUAUGAAACUCUUAAGGAUUCCGCUCCUUCCAACCCAAAAGCAGCAGCAGGAGCAGCAGCAGGAGCACGAGAAAGAGAAGGAGAAGGAGCAGGAGGAGGGGCAGCAGCAAGAGCGGAGACUGCUGCAGCAGCAGCAACAGAGGAAGAGGAAGAAGGAGAAGGGUUAAGCUCUAAAGCAAAUUUGCCUUUAGAUAAAGACCUCCCCCCACCCACCUCUUCCUCUUCGCCUUCCUCCUCUGCCUCUUCUCCCUCUCUCUCCUCCCCCUCCUCUCCCUCCUCUCCCUCCUCUCCCUCCUCCCAGCCCUCGCUCUCUUCUCUUCUUGCCUCAACCCUUGAACCUAUUCUUGCUCCUCUGGCAACACUUCUCAGCACCUUCCUCCCUUAUGCCGAGGCCCAAACAGCGGCCUUCUAUCUCCUGCUGGGCCUUCUCGCCGCUCUCGCACUCUCCCUCUGCGUCUGCUGCCUCUGCUGCUGCCGAACCAGCGAGGCCGGGGGCAGGUUCGGCGGGCUCGGAGGUGCUACUGGUGCUGGUGCUACUGCAGGGAAAAAGAACAUUCUUGGGUCGAUAGGCCGAAGCAGCGGAACAGGCUCGGGGAGAAACGGGAGUGGCAGCAACGGCGGUGAUGCAGGUGGUUUGGGUGCUGCUGGUGCUGCUGCUGGGGGAGGAGGGGCAAGGAAGAAAGCAGGGGGGAAACUGGUAGUGAGCAAAGGGAAGGGGCUUGUGAAGCAGUAG